AUGUCCUUCACGACGAUACCGAUUCUAGACCUGGCUCUGGCCCAGGACCCAGCCACGAAGCCCGCUUUUCUGGCUGAUCUACAGCACGCCUUGAUGGAAGUCGGCUUCCUAUAUCUCAAGAACGUGGGCAUCUCAGACGAUGUGUUUAAGCAGGUUAUCGCCGAGGGCCGGGCAUUCUUUGACAUUCCCACAGAAGAAAAGCUCAAGAUCGAGAUGAAGAACGCGCCCUCGUUCCUGGGGUACUCACGUCUGUCGGCCGAAGUGACGGCCGGCGAGAUCGACCACCGCGAGCAGAUCGACAUCUCGACCGAGCACCCGCUACCGGGGCCCGGGGCGCCGCUACACGCCAACCUCCUGGCACCCAACCAGUGGCCGUCAGCCGAAGUGCUGCCAAACUUCCGCAGGGUCUUCGCCGAAUACCUCAAGACCAUGGGCCGCAUCUCCAUCUACUUCACCAGCCUCAUCGCCGAGGCCAUCGAGCUGCCCAGCAACGCCUUCGACAAGUACUUUGACGGCGACGACCAGCACCACAAGCUCAAGAUCGUCAAGUACCCCGACGUCGGCACGCUCGGCGCCGCCGGCAAGGGCGGCAACCAGGGCGUCGGGCCGCACAAGGACAGCAUGCUCACCAGCUACCUCCUGCAAGCCUCGCACCACCGCGGGCUGCAGGUGCAGAACAUGGCAGGCGAGUGGAUCGACUGCCCGCCGAUCGACGGCACGCUGGUGGUGGCCAUCGGGCAGGGACUGGAGGCGCUGACGCAGGGGGUGUGCAAGGCGACGACGCACCGGGUGCUGUCUCCCGCGGCGGGCGCGGGCCCGCGGUUCUCGAUCCCCUUCUUCCAGGGCGUGCGCGGCGACACGUCGUUCGCGGACCUGGCGCACGUGGGUGUCGGGCAAGUGCCGGAGCGCGUCAAGGCGCGGCGCUGGCGGGUUGGUCGAGGUGGUGUCGACGUCGUCGAGUUCACGUUCCGCGCCGGCGGCGCCGCCGCCACUCUCGGCGAGGCCACGCUGCGCAACCGCGUCAAGAGCCAUACUGAUGUUGGCGAGCGCUGGUACCCGGAUAUCCUGGCGAGUGUUAGGGAGGAGCAGGCCGCGCUGGCCAGGGAGAAGGAGAAGAAGAGGCUGGAAGAGCAGCAGCAGCAGCAGCAGCCUGCUGCGACGCAGGGAGAUAUUCCCCUUGCGCCAACGUCUGUAGAGGCGCACUGA